GAAAAAGAAAGAAAAAAGAAAAAGUCAAAUAAGAAGUUAACUGAAAAUCUGGGAGAGCAAGUAAAGCCAAAGAAGUCUUCCAAGAAAAAGAUGCAAUCGGCGAAUGGGCAUAUAGAUAUGGUUGAGCAUGUAGCAGACAAAGCUCAAGAUAAGGUCAAGGACCAAAUUGAAUCAGAUAUGGAAGGUAGCCAAGAUGCUGAUGCUCUUAGUGUUAUGAAUGCCAUUCUUGAACAUAACCGAAAGCUGAUGCAAAAACUCAAUGAGCUUGAAAACCAAAAGGAUAGCAUUAAAGAUAUCGAAAAAAUAGUAGAGGAUACUGCUCAAGAUACCAUGAAGGAAGUGGAAGAUAAGAAAAAAGAAGCUGAGGACAAAGGGGGGGCUAACUACUCAUUUGAACUUCCCAUUGGAGAUGUUAUGAAGUCUUAUGGUUCACUGUCUACUUCUGAACUGCCUGAUAAAGAGCCAAAGAAGGAAGAUGAGGAUGAGACUGCAACUAUGAACGAAAACACUUCCGAACCUCAUAAAACCUGCGCGGAUGAAACAGAAAAGGAUGAUAUUGUUGUCAAGGUUGAUGCCACAAGGGAUGGCAUUACAUUAACAAUUCAUAUUCCUCGUAAUUAGGUGCCCGAAUAAAAGUUACCAUCAUUGUACAUAGCAGAUUUUAUUAUCACAACUGAAAGAAAACACGCUUAUUGUAGCAGAGUUAACGUAAUAUCGCCUUUUGCUUUAGCUUUUAAGUAUACUUGAGCUUCCAAGUUGAGAUCGAGGCGAAGUCUUGGUACUUUGCCGCUUUUGCCGCUACUGCUUUGUUGUUGUACUUGUUCUUGUUGCUGUUGUUGAAUUUCAUUUUUAUGUUUCUGUAGCUCUUUCUCAGUUAAAGUAGCGUCCUUUAGCUUCCUCUUUCUCUUCGUAUGGUCAUUUGCUGAUUGCUGUUGUUGUUUCUGUAUCUGAGGUUGGGGCAUA